AUGUCGACCAAAGACAAUGUGAACUCUCCGCCUUACUUCAAGGAUCAACCUUUUAUUGUGCGUGUUCCAGAAGAUUCGCCAAUAGGAUUUCACGUCGUUACACUCAAGGCUGAGGACACUGACCAAGGCACCAAUGCUCAAUUGACCUAUUCCAUUGACUCCAAAGAGUUCAAUAUUGACAAUGCAACGGGAUUAAUCACCCUGAGGAAGAACUUGGAUCGAGAGAAGCAGUCAAGUUAUUUAGUUGCCGUUACAGUAAGCGAUGGAGCUGUGCCACCAUUGAAUACCACUACUCAAUUGGAAAUUAUCGUUGACGAUGUAAACGACAACCCACCCAAAUUCUCUACCCAGAACUACACAGCUUCCAUUCCAGAAGAUAUUCCCGUUGGCACCUCUUUUAUGCAGGUCUCUGCGAUUGAUUUGGAUGUAGGAAAUAAUGGAAUUGUGGAUUACUUCUUGAACAACUCGAAUUCAUCACCGGUUUAUGAUCUUUUUCGUUUGGACAGAACAUCAGGUACUCUCAGGGUCAACUCGAAAUUGGACCGUGAGCAACAUCCCAUCAUUGAGCUCAACGUAUUCGCAAGAGACAGGGGUAAACCUCCGCUUACCUCGUCCGCUCUGAUCACCAUCUCUCUAACCGAUGUUAAUGAUAACGCGCCG